AUGGAGAGGGGAGGCAAGGUUGGUCGCAAGACUAGUGGUAAGGAAAGGGCUGGAUCUAUGUAUAAAGCUUUAGAUGAGUCAGAUGAGGAUUACGCAGUUGAUGAGGAAGAGGAGUUUGAUGAGUCAGAAGAUGGAUAUUCUUCUUUUGUCGGAGAUGAGUCAGAUGAGAUCUUAGGUGAAUUUGAAGAUGAGGAGGUCGAGGAAUUGAAGACGAAGAAGGUUAAAAAGGUUGUUCGAUCAAGAGAACCAAGGAGAAACAGAAAAGGCACUGUAAGGCCUAGAAAGAGAAAGAGAGUUUCAUAUAGAGAAGAUGACAAUGAGGAUGAUGAUGGAGAUGAUGAGGAAUUCACACCAGAUUGCUUGGAUGGAGAGGAGGAUCUUUCAGUAGUGAAAGGGACAAAUAAUUCUAACAAGCUAUGUUUGCCUAAGGGUAAUGUCAAAGAUGAUAAUGAUGACGAUGAUGAUGAAUUCAAUCCAGAUGGCUUGGAUGAAGAAGAGGAGUUUCCAGCAGCCAAAGAGAUGAAUAAUUCAAGCAAGCCACGGUUGCAUAAGGGCACUGCCAAAGAUGAUGAAGAAAAAGGGGGUGAUGAGGAAUUCACUCCAGAUGACUUUGAUGCUGAUGAGGGUUUUCGAGUAAUGAACGGGAUGAAGAACUCGAGCAAGUCACGGUUGUAUAAGGGCACCGCCAAAGAUGAUGAUGAUGAGGAUGAGGAUGCGGAUGAGGAUAAAGAUGAUGAGAAAUUCACUCCAGAUGGCUUGGAUACAGAUGAGGAUUUGCCAGUAAUGAACGGGAUGAAAAAUUUGAGCAAGUCACGGUUGCGUAAGGUCACUGCCAAAGAUUAUGAUGAAGAGGAUGAUGAUGAUGAUGAAUUCACUCCAGAUGGCUUGGACGAAGAAGACGAAGAAGAAGAGUUUCCAGUAUUGAAAGGGAUGAAGUAUUCAAGCAAGCCACAGUUGCGUAAUAGCACUGCCAAAGAACAUAAGAGAACUAGAAAUAAUAAAGAAUCGAAAAGGAUGACAAGAAAGAAACCGCAGAACAGACGCCGAUUGAAAAGGAAAGCAAGAUCUGAAAAUGAUGAGGAGUUCAUAGACAUAGAUCCAGUUGUGGCAAAAACGAAUAAAAAUAAUGCACGUCAUAGGAGAAAAAGAAAGAGACUAAGAGUAGAUUCGAAUUCAGAUUUUUUUCAGAGUUUUGGAUCAUCUGACCGUGAAUUUACCACCUCUGAAGAAGAGAGGGAGCAAGUCAUAGAGGCUAACCGAUUUUGCAGGGGCCUUGUUACAGCUUGGAAGGGCUCAACUUCCUUGAAAAAUUUACCAAAAGAGGAAGCUCUACAUCUACAAAGAAAACAUCCAGGAAGAAAGGAUAAAGAGAAGGUGGAUUUGAAGACUGAAAUAGGAAAGUAA